ACGUGGCGAUUUGUCAUUCGAAACCGAGGUUAUUCGGGAAAGGGGGUUUUCCAAUCUUGCCGUGAUGCACGUGUGUGCAAUGUCACGUAGAAAUAUACCUGGACUGACGUGGUCUGUUUUCUCUAGACUUACGGGCGUAAACAGAUUAGGAAGGAGACAGCAUGAGAUCAAGCGAGACUUAUGCACACAAGAACCACUGGAUCUCAAGGAGUUUUUUAUGCGGCACCUGACAGCACGAAUUAAAGCCAACGGACCACUGAGUAUCGCUGAGUAUAUGAAAGAAGUCCUAACUAACCCAGUCACUGGCUACUACAUAAAAAAUGAGGUGUUCGGAGAGAGUGGUGACUUCAUUACCUCCCCUGAAAUCAACCAAAUGUUUGGAGAGCUGAUUGGCAUUUGGUGUGUUCACGAAUGGCAACAAAUGGGUAAACCAGAUAAGCUACAGAUAGUGGAGUUGGGACCAGGGAAGGGAACACUUGCAGCAGAUAUGAUGAGGGUGUUUUCCCAGUUCAAAGAGUUCAACAAAGCAAUUUCCCUUCACUUGGUAGAAGUCAGUCCAAAGAUGAGACAAUUCCAGUUAGAGGCUCUCACAGGGGCAACAACUCCUGAAGACACUGUUGUAGAGUCCCAGAGAUCCAAGUAUGGACCAGAGGUUCACUGGCACAGGUUCCUAGACCAAGUACCCAACGAGUGUUCAUGUGUUAUUGCCCACGAGUUUUUUGAUAUUUUGCCCAUCUAUAAAUUUCAGAAAAAAGAUGGUGAAUGGCAUGAGAUAUUAGUAGAUAUUCAAGAGGGAGGAGGACUACGAUUUAUCAUGUCUCGUGGACCAACCACCAAUGCAAAGGCAUUUCUCACACAUUUGGCAGAGACAGAUGAGAGAGAUCAUGUUGAAGUAAGCCCAGAAAGUGGAAUAAUAGUGCAGAAAAUUUCACAGAGAGUCAGCGAUCAUGGUGGACGGGCACUGAUUAUUGACUACGGGCACGAAGGAACAAAGAAAGACACAUUUAGGGCUUUUAAAGCCCACAAGUUGUAUGACCCUCUCGAGAUGCCAGGAUCAGCGGAUCUGACUGCUGAUGUGGACUUUGCCUACUUUAAACACUGUUGUGGAGAGAAUGUGAAAACAUUUGGUCCUGUGACACAGAACAAUUUCCUGAAUGGAAUGGGGAUAGGAGCCAGGCUACAGGCGCUGAUGCAGGAUAAGGACGUUGAAACCAGAAGAGCGAUGAUGAAGAGUGUCUGGAGACUAAUGCACCCUCAGCAAAUGGGAUGGGGCUUCAAGUUUUUUGCUAUCGCUCCUAAAGAUACAGACUAUGUACCCCCGGGGUUCAUCCCAAUCACAGCACAUAAUGAACCUAAAUCUGAACAAAAAUCUGAGCCAAAAUAAAAGUAGAUUGUUUUGUAAAUGAAUGAAUUGAAAUACAUGUUCUAAUUGAAAUAUCACAAAUGGCUUAUUUUUUAUUGCUGAUUUUGAUAUUAAAAUGUGAUUUUUGAA